AUGGCUAGAAGCAACCCCUCUCUGCCAAUGCUACUGGCCAUGGCGUUUGCAUUGGCCGGGGUAGCCGCGGGAGCGCGCGCCGGCGGCAUCGCCAUCUACUGGGGCCAGAACGGCAACGAGGGGACGCUGGCGCAGACCUGCGCCACGGGCAACUACAAGUUCGUCAACGUGGCGUUCCUCCCCACGUUCGGCAAGGACCAGACGCCGGUGCUGAACCUGGCGGGACACUGCGACCCCGCGAGCAACGGGUGCACGGGCGUGGGCGCCGACAUCAAGGCGUGCCAGCGCAUGGGCAUCAAGGUCCUGCUCUCCAUCGGCGGCGGCGGCGGCAGCUACGGGCUCUCGUCGCCGGACGAUGCGAGGAGCGUCGCGGCGUACCUCUGGAACAACUAUCUCGGCGGCAGGUCGUCCAAGGCCAGGCCUCUCGGCGACGCGGUCCUCGACGGCAUCGACUUCGACAUCGAGAGCGGCGGGAGCCUGUACUGGGACGACCUGGCGAAAGCCCUCAAGUCCUACUCCCGGCGGGUGUACCUGUCGGCGGCGCCGCAGUGCCCGUUCCCGGACGCGUCGCUGGGCACGGCGCUCGGCACGGGGCUGUUCGACUACGUGUGGGUGCAGUUCUACAACAACCCGCCGUGCCAGUACAGCGCGAGCGCCGGCGUGGGCAGCCUGGCGAGCGCGUGGGCGCAGUGGACGUCCAUCAGGGCCGGGCGGGUGUUCCUCGGCCUCCCGGCCGCGCCCCAGGCCGCGGGCAGCGGGUUCGUGCCGGCGAGUGACCUUGUGUCGCAGGUGCUGCCGGUGGUGAAGAACUCCACCAAGUACGGGGGCAUCAUGCUCUGGUCCAGGUACUACGACGGGCUCACGGGGUACAGCGACGCGGUCAAGUCCCAAGUGUGA